AUGGUUGCAAUUGUAAGUUUGCCACGUGGAUUUUCGGGCCAAAAAACCCGCGAAAAUUCGAAAAAAUUCCAGGAAUUCCAAGUCUCAUCUUCCGGACGUCCGCGUCCGGAAAAGAAUCCGCGCAUCGGCGGAUUUGUCUACCUGUUGGGGUCCGCAGCCAUCAUUGGCGGGUUUUUGUUUGGCUAUGACACGUCGGUGGUGUCGGCGGCCACCCUGUAUAUUCCGGAGGCGCCAGGGUUGAAGCCGAUGGGCACGAUUUGGUUGGAGGUUAUUGUGAGUAUUACGCCCGGUGAGUACUGUAGGGUUUUGGCGCGAAAUUUGGAGCAUUUUGAUAGCGAAUAAGGCUGGUGUAGGUUUCCCUCUGCGUCUCUGACCAUCUAGCUUCUCUGCACUCUUGCGCGAAGCGCCCCGGAAUCUUCCGCGUAAGCGGCCCGAGCGGAGCGAGUGUACCUCCCUCUGCGUCUCUACACAUUCAGUGGUCUCUAGCUGUCUAGCUUCUCUAUGUUCUCUAACACUCUUUAACAUACUCUGCGUCUCUAGUCCUCCCUUCACACUUUCUAGCUGUCUACCUGCCUGACACUCUCUAACUCUCUAGCUUCUCUGCACUCUCCCAAACCCCUAUACUCCCUAGCUGUCUGGCCUUCCUUACAUGUCUGCCUCAAGCUUCCCUCUGCGUCUCUAACCCUCUAGCAAUCUUGCGCAAAGCGCCCCGGAAUCUUCCGCGUAAGCGGCUCGAGCGGAGCGAGUGUAGUUCCCUCUGCGUCUCUAGCUGUCUAGUUUCUCUAUGCUCUCUACCCACCCAGUGAUCUCUAGCCGUCUAGCUUCUCUGCACUCUCUCUCUCAACCCCCAUACUCUCUAUCUUCCAGGCAUGGCAGCCGUCGGUUCCUUGUUCUCCGGCACCGGUUCCGAUCACUACGGUCGUCGCACCAUCAUCAUCGGCUCCACAAUCAUCUUCAUGAUCGGCGCCGUGAUUUGCGCGGCGGCCUGGACAAAAGUGGUGAUGUUGAUUGGGAGGAUCUUCCUGGGUAUUGGCAUAGGUAAGCCUAAGGUCCGAGCGGCCUUGCCGCGAGUCUAAACCGCAAGAUUCCGCGUCAGCGGCACUGUCUUCCGCGUAGCGGCCACGCUUAAGCCUGAGCCUAAGGCCCGAGCGGCUCUGCCGCGAGUGUAGACCGCAAGCUUCCGCGUAGCGGCCAUGCCUAGGCUUAGACCUAAGGCCCGAGCGGCCUUGUAGACCGCAAGCUUCCGCGUAGCGGCCAUGCCUAGGCUUAGACCUAAGGCCCGAGCGGCCUUGUAGACCGCAAGCUUCCGCGUAGCGGCCACGCUUAAGCCUAAGCCUAAGGCCCGAGCGGCCUUGUAGACCGCAAGCUUCCGCGCAAGCGGCACUGUCUUCCGCGUAGCGGCCAUGCCUAAGCCUAAGGCCCUGUUUAAGCCUAAGGGCCUGGUUAAGCCUAAAGCCCUGUCUAAGCCUAAGGUCCUGCCUAGACCUAAGCCUCGAGCGGCCUUGCCGCGAGUGUAGACCGGAAGAUUCCGCGCAAGCGGCACUGUCUUCCGCGUAGCGGCCACGCUUAAGCCUAAGCCUAAGGCCCGAGCGGCCUUGCCGCGAGUGUAAACCGCAAGCUUCCGCGCAAGCGGCACUGUCUUCCGCGUAGCGGCCACGCCUAGGCUUAGACAUAAGGCCCGAGCGGCUUUGCCGCGAGUGUAGACCGCAAGCUUCCGCGCAAGCGGCACUGUCUUCCGCGUAGCGGCCAUGCCUAGGCUUAGACCUAAGGCCCGAGCGGCCUUGCCGCGAGUCUAAACCGCAAGCUUCCGCGCAAGCGGCUCGAGCGAAGCGAGUGUAUAUCCCUCUGCGUCUCUAACCAUCUAGCUUCUCUGAACUUCAGGCUUUGCCUCGAUGGUCGUGCCGGUUUACCUGGGUGAAACCUCGCCAACCCACGUGCGCGGUGUUCUCGUGUCAGCCUUCGCUAUGAUGAUCAGUUUCGGACAAGUUGUGGCCAAUAUCAUGGGCGGAAUCUUCUCCUACAUUUCACCGUAUACCAUCGGAUGGCGAUUGAUGUUUGCAUUUGCCGCGAUUCCGUCGCUGAUCCAAUUUGUCUGCUUCAUUUUCCUACCCGAAACUCCAAGAUGGUUGUAUGAACAUGGACAAAUCUACAAAGCCAGGGAGGUUUUGGAGAAGAUUUAUAGUGGAAAUGAGGAGUGGAUUGAGUUUGAGAUGGCUGAGAUUGAAGCGUAUGCCGAAGAGCGGAAGAAACAACAUGAGGAAGAGCAGAGUAAGGAAAACCUCAUUUUCAGCGAUUUUCAGCACAAAAUUUGAGCCUAGAAACUCUUCAAAGGGUACUGUAGAAAAUUGUGCCACAAAUUCCGAAAAAAUGGAUCAACAGUUCUAGAGGCUAAGAAAUCUUGUUUAAGACUCAAAUUUUGUGCUGAAACUCAUGGAAAACCUCAUUUUCAGUAAUUUUAAGCGUUUCCACGAUUUUCAGCGCAAAAUUUCAGUCUAAAACAAGAUUUUUAGCUUCUAGAACUGUUGAUCCAUUUUUUUGGAAUCUUUCGGCACAAUUUUCUACAGUACCCUUUGAAGAGUUUCUAGGCUCAAAUUUUGAGCUGAAACUCAUGGGAACCUUCAAAUUCACUGAAAAUGAGGUUUUCCAUGAUUUUCAGCGCAAAAUUUAGGCCAAAAAAAUUUUUUUUUUUGCAGAAUCCGGCCCAGUAAUCUGGCGUAUCCUAAAAACCCCGCACGUUCUAAAAGCCUGCUUCAUCGGAAGUAUGUUACAAGCUUUUCAACAACUCGCCGGUAUCAAUACAAUCCUCUACUACACCGCUGACAUCAUCAGAAGUGCCGGAAUCGAAAACUAUCACACGGUGAUUUGGAUCUCUGUGAUUUUAUCGAUCUGCAAUCUGAUCGGACCAUUCAUUCCAAUGACAAUGAUCGAAAAAUUCGGGCGGCGCAAACUUUUCCUUUUUUCCUGUGCUGGCGUUGUGAUUUCUUUGGUGUUGAUUGGUGUCACUUUUUUGUUGGUCGGAAAUGAUUCGGCACCGAAUUUCGAGAUUCAAAAAUAUAGGGAGAGUGGCGAUUUUGAUGAGAUGCAGCUGAGAGCCAUGGAAUGCGCGGCUUUGGCGUGAGUUUCAAAAAAUUCGCUUCAAAAUGACACCAAACAUGCCCGGGGUACUGUAGAAAAAAAAUUUGAAAAAAUAUCCUGCAGGCAGCGGGGAUCGAUCCCCUGACCUUCUGAGCCGGGAAUUUUCCAGAAAUCAUGAUUUCUGGAUGAUUUUGAGCUGAAAAUUGAAAUUUUUAGAAAAUCCUGGGUAUUGCUCAGGAUAUAGGUAUUGCUCAGGUUAUGAGAGCUAUCUUGCGCGAAGCGCCCCGGAAUCUUCCGCGUCAGCGGCUCGAGCGGAGCGAGUGUACAUCCUUCUGCGUCUCUACCCAUCCAGUGAUCUCUAGCCGUCUACCUCCUCUGCGUCUCUAAACACCUAGCUUCUCUACACUCUCUCAACCCCAUGCUCUCUAGCCACCUUAUCUCUCUGCGUCUCUAACUUUUUAAUUUUCUCUAGUUGUCUAGCCUUCUUUACCUGCCUUCUGCAAGCUUCUCUCUGCGUCUCUACACAUCCAGUGUGCUCUAGCUGUCUAGCUCCUCUACGUCUCUAACCCUUUGACUUCUCUGCACUCUCUGCCAACCCCAUGAUCUCUAGCUAUCCUGCGCGAAGCGCCCCGGAAUCAUCCGCGUCAGCGGCUCGAGCGGAGCGAGUGUACAUCCCUCUAGCCGUCUAGCUGUCUAGCUUCCCUGCGUCUCUAACCAGCGGGUGUACAUCCCUCUGCGUCUCUACACAUCCAGUGAUAUCUUGCUGUCUACCUCCUCUGCGUCUCUAACACCCUGUGCUCUCUAACAAACUCUACGUCUCUACCCUCUCUCUCAUCGUCUAUUUGAAUCAGAUCGAAAAAAAAUGAGGUCCUGUCUUAGCCUAAGGCCUUGUCUAAGCCUACGGCCCUGCCUAAGCCUAAGGCCCGAGCGGCCUCGCCGCGAGUGUAGACCGCAAAUUUGCGCGAAGCGCCCCGAGCGUAGCGAGUGUAAAUCCCUCUGCGUCUCUAUCUAGCUAUGUCUAGCCGUCUAACUGUCUCUAGCUGUCUUUUGCUUCUCUGCGUCUCUACCCAUCCAGUGAUCUCUACCCGUCUAGCCCCUCUACGUCUCCAACCCCCUAUCUAUCUUCCAGAAACUGCGACUCAUGCGUCACCUCCGAAGCGUGCGGCUUCUGCGAAGACUCCCUGGCUAAAACCGGCUUCUGUCUCCCCGUCGACCCAACCGAUCCAACCCUCUACAGCUCCACAGGCAUCUGUCAGAGGAAUCUCCUCUCGAUGAACAAUAGCAGCCAGGAUGACGUGUCAGGCAGUGGUGCUAUGACGUGGCAAAAACACCACUGCACCACCAGCUACACCCUUCUGCCAAUUAUUAUGAUGGGUGUGUAUUUGCUGACCUUCUCCUCGGGCUUCACAAGUCUGCCGUGGGUUUUGAAUUCGGAAUUCUAUCCGAUGUGGGCCCGUUCCACGUGUGUUUCGAUCUCGACACUUUCCAAUUGGGUUUUCAAUUUGCUAGUUUCGCUAACUUAUUUAUCACUGACACAUGCCAUCACAAAAUACGGUGCAUUUUGGUUGUAUGCCGUGUUCACCAUCUGCGCAUUUUUGUUCAUUUAUUUUUUGGUGCCUGAGACUACGGGCUAUAGUAUUGAUGAGGUGAGUUGGCCGGGGGCUUUUUUUGGGCUUUUUAGGCUUCUCAGGGCCUUCAAGAGGGCCUGGAAGCCUUCUCAGGCCUUUUCCAGGCUUCUUAGGCUCCUCGAGAGUCUAGAAAGCCUUGUUGGACCUUCUAGAGGGCCCCAAGGCUUUUGGAAAGCUUCCGGGCUUUUUCUAGACCUUCUAGAGCCCUUUCCGGGUUUUUUAGGCUUCUGAGAAGUCUAGAAAGCCUUUCUGAGCUUCUCCGGGCCUUUUUGGGCUUCUCUGAACUUCUCCGGGCUUUUCUGGGCUUCUCCGGGCCUUCAAACAGGCUUCUAGGGCUCUUUCCAGGCUUUUUAGGCUUCUAAGAAGUCUAGAAAGCCUGGAAAAGGUUGCUGGACCUUCAAAGGGGCUACCAGACCAUCUAGAGCCCUUUCCGGGCUUUUUCGGCUUCCUGAGAGUCUAGAAAGCCAUAUUGGACCUUCUAGAGGGCCCCAAGGCUUUUGGAAAGCUUCCGCGGCUUUUUCUAGACGUUCUAGGGCUUUUUCCAGGCCUUCCAGGCUUCUAAGAAGUCUAGAAAGCCUUUCUGGGCUUCUCUGGGCCUUCAAAAGGGCUAAUAGACCUUUUCCCGGGCUCUUUCUGGGCUUAAGAAGUCCAGUAAGCCUUGGAUAGGUUACUGUACCUUCCAGAGGACACCCAGGCUUUCAGAAAGCUUCCGGGCUUCUCCAGACCUUCAAAAAGGCUUCUCUAGGCCAUCUAGGGCUUUUCCGGGCCUUGUUGGGCUCUCUGGGCGUCCCAAGGCCUUCUAGGACUUUGGAGACUAUCUACAAGGCUUUCCGGGCCUUCUGAAGCCCCGGAAAGGCCUGAGAGCCGCGAAAAUCGAAAUUUUUGGGAAAAAAUUCAAAUUUCCCGCCAAAAUCCCAUGCCACGUGGCGAAUUUCCCGCAAUUUUUCCCAAAUUUGAAUUUUUGCAGAUCGAAAUGCUAUUCAUGUCGCAAAAAGAGCGAAACAUGGUGCUGACCACUCGAAAAUCCCUCUCAACUCUCAAAAAAGAUUCAACGUCUACAGUAACCGCUACAGUAUCCAGUUAG